CACUAAAACCUAUCGAUCGGUUCGUGGUCUUUUCUCCAACUCACACACACAGUGACGAUCAAUACUCGCUUUCGCUUCUCCUCUUUGCAACCAAUCGAUCGACGAAUCAAAGCUUUUGCUGUUCUUCUUAGAUUCUGUGAUUUGUGCAUUGCUUUCUUUAGGUCAAUGAUUAUGGUGUAUGAGAGUUGAUCUGGAAAUCUGAACUCUGUUCCUCUUCAGUUUUUGUAGUUUCCAGCUAUGUUUGCUGCUGAAACUAUAGUAAUGAGGAAGUUGAGGAUCAAAACUGAAUCCAAACAAACUAAGACUGAAUCUACGACUCGAUGCAACUUUGGCCAGCAGGCUGUCUUAAAGGUGAAGUUGUCGGAACCAGGCUGUCACAUGCGAAGACCUCCAGGAUUGGUAGAAAGUCAAAAGGUGAAGAGGCAGAAGAUAGAUCAGAGCGUGUCACAGCAGUGUUCUACCAUUCUGAAGAAAUUGACGACUAAUCCAUCUGCCUGGCCUUUCAAUCAGCCAGUGGAUCCUGAUAAAUUGAAUAUUCCUGAUUACUUUUCUAUAGUUUCUGAACCCAUGGAUUUGGGAACGAUAAAGACCAAACUGGAGAAGAAUUUGUAUUCCAGCGCUGAAGAGUUUGCUUCUGAUGUCAAACUGACCUUUUCCAACGCCAUGCUGUAUAAUCCUCCAGACAACUAUGUUCAUCUCAUGGCCAAGGAUUUAGACAAUAUGUUUAAUUCAGGAUGGAAGUGCUUGGAGGCAAAAUGGAAUUGUAAGAGCAAAAGAGAUGAACAAAUGUUUAUUUCAAGUGAAAGACCAAAGAAUAUUGAUGUUUUAGGGCAGAAUAGGAGUUCUUUGGAGAUAAGAGCAGCAAAAGCGGAGCCUACUAAAAUGAAAGGAAAUGGCAGGUUCCAAUCUUCAGGGAAGAUGUUCCACAAUGGUAUGAAGUGGCAGAAUACAAUUUCUGUUACGGGUACUAGAAGUGCUUCAGGUUCCAACAAUAUCAAACCUUCAUUGGCUGUCUCCAAAUGUGCAUGUGGCAGUGUGAGAUGCCAAUGUGGACGUCAAAAUGAUUUUGUCUGUUCAUCUUCAAGUGAUUUGUCUUCAGAGAAAUCAUUGGAACAAGAUCAUCAUGAUGCUUGUAGAACGGACUGCGAGGUACAAAUGAGCACAUCAUCCCUGAUGAGCACAUCAUCCCAGAUGAGCAAAUCAGAUUCUGAUGGGGCCGCAAGUGCUUUGGAUGAAGAAAAAUUUUGUUCUAGUCCACAACUUUCGACACUUGCUACUACUUCUGCUUCUGGAGAAGCUUGCACACCACUUAUUGAUGUCCAACUGUCACCAAAGAAGGCUCUCCGUCAUGCAAUGCUAAAGAGUCGCUUUGCAGAUACUAUCUUGAGAGCAGAACAGAAGGGACAUUUAAAUCAUGGUGGUAAAGCUGAUGUGUUAAAAAUGAGGCAGGAGAAGGAAAAAAUGAAAAGAAUGCAGCAUGAAGAGGUGUUAAGAAUUCAAGCUGAAAUCAAGGCUGCUGAAGCUGCCUCGCGACUAAGAGCAAAAGCUGAACUCAAAAUGCAGCUGGAGAGAGAAAGAGAAGCUGCCCGACUUGAACUAGAGAAGAUAGAGAAGAGCGUGGAGAUUGAUGAAAAUUUGAAGAUCUUUAAAGAACUUGAGAUGCUUUGUGGGUGUUCGCCAUUUGGUCGCUUCUGUAAUGCGUUGGAACAGCUCGGUUUGUAUAUAAAGGAGGAGUACCUGGUGGGUGAGAACGAGGAUAUAUAUUCAUAAAUCUGAAAACUCUUUCUUUCGUCUGUGAUUUUCACCAACUCUGAUUGUAUAUUCUUGUUUAGUGGAGUGGGAAAAAAAAGGUUGGAUGUAAAUGAUCUUCUCAGUGAAGGAUUUUAGAUGAGGCAAAAAAAGUGUAGCAAUAUAGAUGAUGAGUGGAACUUAUUAGGUGGGGCCUCCUUCCCGUUCUCAUCUCCAUUUUUUGAGAGGGGAUGUAUCUGGAUUUAGGGAUAUUAGAAACUGUUUAUAAUAUAUAGCUAUAGCCUGAAGAGGGGGCUUCCAUUGAGUUUCAUAUCCAUGACUCUGUUGUAUUGUCAAUGCAAAGUUGAUGUUUACCAUUUUUCAGAUUA